AUGGACAACUGGAAUGAUUGUUUCGAAUAUUUAGUUAAUCUAACCCAACAAUUAAUCGAUCACCAAAAAAACAACCGUUUGGAAACCAACAAAUUAGAGCAGGUUUUGAGAAGGAUAUCCAAACAAUCGUACAUAACCUAUGAAGAAUAUUCUAAGAAUGACCUUACAAACAGAAUUACUAAUACUAAUGGAACGGAUAACGAGAAUACUAUAAACAUUCAGGAAAAUCAACUAAUAAAUGAAAAUUACAAGUUAAUUUAUCAAAUUAAACAACAGCUAUUUUUAAAGGAUAGAAUGUGUAAAUUGAUCGAACAAUUCAAGGAAUUAAUUAGAUCUAUAAAGUUUUUCAUUUUAGAGCAAAACAAUUUGAUGGUAAAAUUGGAAAAGGAUAUCAUAAACAGUUAUAUCUACAAUAAUGUCAGUGUUUUAAAUAAUAAUCUAACAGAAAUUAAGUUUUUAAAUUCCAAUUUAAAAUUUAAUGUAGACCAAGUCAAAUUAAAAUUAGACCAUAUAAUUAAAAACCUAUUAUCACAGAGCAAUGAUGGUGCCACCGACAAAAACAUAAUCACUAGUUUAAACAAGGAACAAAUAUCUAAAAUAAAUAAACUAAUUAAUGUGGAUUUUGAAAAAAAUUCCUAA